AUGAAAAUCUUCAGUUUAUUGUUCAGUAAUCUUAGAAAUAGACUAACAAAGAGAGCAUCAGUGGGAAGAAUGACCGAGGAACAUAAACUUAACGAAUAUGGAAUUAAUCUACAAGAAUCUAUCAAAAAAGGCCGUGAACUAUUUAAUAAUCUAGGACGACCAACUAGAGUUGUUGCACCCAUGGUCGAUGGAUCUGAGUUGGCUUGGAGAAUAAUAUCAAGAAAGUAUGGUGCUCAGCUGUGCUACUCACCAAUGCUACAUUCAAGGUUAUUCAGUGAAGAUAAAAAAUUUCGGGAUCAAUUCCUGUGUGAACAAGAUGGCCAGCCGGGACUCGAUCGUCCUUUAAUUAUCCAGUUUUGCGCAAAUGACCCAGAAGUCUUAUUGAAAGCAGCCAAAUAUGUUGUCGGGAAAUGCGAUGCCGUUGAUAUCAAUUUUGGAUGUCCACAAGGCAUUGCUAAAAAAGGCCAUUAUGGAUCCUUCUUAAUGGAGGAAUGGGAUUUAGUUGCAAGGUUAAUCAAUAAGCUGGCGGUUGAAUUAGGUGAACAAUUACCAGUUACUGCAAAAAUUAGAGUAUUUGAGGAUUGGUCAAAGUCUUUAGAUUAUGCCAAGAUGUGCCUUAAUGCAGGUGCGAAGUUUUUAACGGUUCAUGGCAGAACAAGGGAUAUGAAAGGCCAGAAGACAGGUUUGGCAAAUUGGGGGUUAGUUAAGUAUUUAAGAGAAAAUCUACCAGAAGGAACGGUUUUUAUCUCCAAUGGUAACAUUUUGUACCCCGAUGAUAUUGAGCGGUGUAUAAACGAAAUCAAAUGUGAUGCCGUGAUGAGUGCUGAAGCCAACCUUUGUAAUCCAGGAAUUUUCUGGACUAAGUCAGACGACAAAGAGAAAGUUUUUCCUAGAGUUGACAAGUUUAUGAGAGAGUAUUUCGAUAUUGUUAAAUCAUGCAAAGGUACGGAAUCCAAAAGAUGUAUGAAAACCCAUAUGUUUAAAGCGCUGAAGACAUUUUUACCGUAUCAUACUGAUAUACGUUCUGAGAUUGCUAGAUUAACCAAGAAUUCAACAUUUGAAGAAAUAGAGAAAGUCAUUAUCAUGAUUGAAGAAGUUGUAAAUGAAAUCUUCCAAAAGGAAGAUAUUGAGCAGUUAGAUGAAAUCAAGACUGGUGCUGUCCAACCAUGGGGUGGAAGAUAUAGAGAAGUUCCUUACUGGAGAUUGCAACCCUAUUUUAGGAAAGUUGAUGGUGUUGCAGGUAAGGAUUUAAUAAAGGAUGAAAUUGAAAGGAUAUCUCAGGAAAAUACGAAACAAUUUGAACUUGUUGAGAGUAGAAAGAGGAAAGCCGAAGAGCAUGAAAAUGAGCCUGUAGUCAAGUCCGCCAAAGUUUCUGUUUAA